ACAGCUUUUGUGUUUGAAACGUGUGGAGCUCGCUUGGAACAAACUCUCGCAUUUCAUGCUGUCUCCUCUUAAUUUUAUAAAUACCGACCGACUACAGUGCAAAAACUAAGAUUAUCACAUGUCUCUACAAUCCCGACAUUGAGAAUAAAAUAUUAUGAAGAGACUUGGGUUCACCAGACCGAGGAGUUCAUUAUAAAUAAUUGACGAACUAAAGACAAAUAUCAACGAAAUCAACGAUGGAUAAUUUUAGAAACAGACAGAAUGCAGAAAUGAGAAAAUACAAUUUAUCAUUGAAGAAUCGUCUUCACAACAAGGUCCCACAGACUGUGAACCCAAAACACAACAGAAUAAGUGACACAUCUGAUCCAGGUGAUUCCCAGAAUUUUAAAUUGAGGGUUUCUGACAGUUUUUACGUUGAGGACUCUGACGAAGAGGAAAAGCCAAUUAAAGUCGACGUCAAUAAUAAGGCAAACCCGAAGAAAAACACAAGCGAAGUUAUUGUUAUCAGCGACUCCAGUGACGACGAUGGAAUGCCAGAAGGUCGAGCGUACAAUUCCUCAAGAGAAAACAACAAUAAACAAAAUUCCUCAAGGGAACUGGAGAGCAUUGAGGUGUCUGACGAGGAUGACGAGGUGUUCACAGGCUCGCUGACAUAUGGACAAUCCACAGGGUCAGAGGGUAGAUCAAAGAGCCAGAGCAGUGCCCAUUACUCAUCAGACUCCACAAACUUUGAAUUAAAAUUCGAGAAUGAUAAAGAGAGUGUGGUUGACUCUUCCUACACAACCCCAGCUAAAAAAGUCCUCUCAAUAAGGGGAGGAUUGACCUCUGGUGCUUCCACAAUCACUUCAGAGAGACCUGCAAACCCAAAUGACCCCUUAACAAACAGCAGCAAGAAAUUUGGAACCCCAGGAUCUACGAAAUUGAGCCACUGCACAACUCCAUUAUCAAAGAAGGAAGCAAAAAACCUGAUGAAAGUCAUCAGAUCCAAACGAAUAGAGUCUCCACUGGUGUCUGAGAAUAAUCAUAUUAUCGCUGAGACAGACUCUGACUCUGUUGUGACUGACGAAGACCCAGAUGGCAAGGUGUCCCACCCAGCCUGGAUAGACGACAGCGAUGCAGCAGCUUCACCCGUUCCAAAACCCUCAAAAACCCACGUGACAAGAUUUCUGAAUCCAGCAGACAAUGCUGACUGCCUGUCAGACGAGAAGAAGAAGGAGAUAUCACGAUGGCUGCUGAACAAUUGCCCCAGCGAGAGGAGUGACGACUCCAUCAGUAACAUCUCAGCUAGCAACAGGAACAGUAGCAUCAGCUCAGGGCACAGGAGCCUGGAACGACUGGAGAUGGACUACGAAACUCCGAAUAAUCGACAAAAGUUUCGAGACAAAUCAAACACUAGAGUGCAGAAUCCUCUGGUGAAUUCGGCUCGAGGCAGCCCUCGUCAAUCCCUGAUGGACGAUUACUUGAAGAAAACCAAGGGCAGUAAAUCAACAUCCAGGAAAUACACUCCAAUAGCUAUUAAAUCGAAGACUGUCGCUGUCUCUCCAGCUGUUGACACCCCCAAACCUAGACUCGAUGACUGUGCAGACAUCCUGGAUAAAUUGUAUGGAGCAGAGUGGAGGGAGGCUGAUGUCUUCCCAGUAACAGAACCCAGAAAGAAAGUGGUGUUGAAGGACAGGGGAGUCCAGACUGAGUGCAUUAAAAAACCAAAGAAACUCUUCAGCCACUCUGAGCACAGUUCCAACGACGAGGGCUUCCAGAACUUCGUCAGGGACAUGAGGCCUAAUCUGAACUCCACGAAGAAGUUACCCAAGAAGUCCAAGUACAGGGAUAGCUUCAUCGUGCACUCGUCAGAGUCUGAGGAGAGCACUGGGGACACGACUUACAUGACAGCUCUGACAAAUCCUAGACUCUCUGGGCCAAGGAAUGCUGAGAGGAGGGAGACUCCAAUGAGCCUGAACACAAUUAAAGCCAUUGAGAUUUGUGACUCUGAUACUGAGGAGGACACCCCUGUCAGGAAGAAUGUGGACAACAGGAAGAAACUUGUAUUCAGUGAUGACGAGAAUGACCACAGCUCAGAGACCAGUGAGUACGAUCCUGAUGACUUCGUGCCACCCAAGCUCGAGGUGCCUAAGACAACUCGACCCCUGGUGAAUAAAUCAAAGAUUCCAACGAGAAUAUUCGGUGCUCCUAAACCUGAUGUGAAACGUGAGAAACCCAAGAGUUUUCUGGCUUCACUGUCGGCAUCAGUUCCUCUGGAGGAGUGCCACACAGAUGCCAAGAGGUAUCGUCUGAAUUUCAAGAACACAAAGGAGGAACUUGUGAAGGUCCUGUACAAGAUAUACAACGAGAAGAUUUUUGAUAAUAAAUUGCCACCUGACAUGCUCAUCGAGUGGAAUAUCCGUAUGCGAGGGACUGCUGGGUUCUGCUACAAUAAGAAGGUCAAGACUCUGACUGGGUUCACGAGAUCAUCGAGGAUUGCUCUCGCCACGAAGAUCGUGGAUAAGCCGGAUAGACUGAGGGACACGUUGGUGCAUGAGCUGUGUCAUGCAGCCACUUGGCUCACUAAUGAGAUAUCUGAUGGGCAUGGACCCUAUUGGAAGGCCUGGGCUGUCAAGGCAAUGAAGACUUUUCCUGAAUUACCACCGAUCAAACGAUGCCAUGAUUACGAGAUUGCCACCAAAUUUACGUAUCGUUGUACGCAGUGUGGUUACAGUAUUGGACGUCAUUCGAAGUCAUUGGACGUGCAAAAAAAGCGUUGUGGCUAUUGUUUCGGUCGUUUUGAGUUGCUGUUGAAUCGAGUAACUAAAUCGGGAACAAUGAAGCAGAUCCCAAAGACUCCAAAUACGAAGGGGCCCUCGGGCUUUGCAUUAUUCGUCAAGGAGAAUUAUUCAUCAGUAAAGAACGAACGCCACGGUAUAGCCCACAAAGAGAUCAUGCAAUUACUAGGCUCGCGAAACACACAUCGGUAUAUGUAUAAAACAAAGGACGUGUAUUUAAUCAGAAAUAUGAAGACCCGGAAGAUCGACGACGAUUUAAUCAUCUAGGGGAGAUAUCACGAAGAUAAACUUCUAUUCACAGUGAUUCGUACCUGGAAAAGACUGGAGCUUUAUUGAAUUUCAUAUAAAUAUGUUGGAGAUUGCUGAACGAUUUUUUACUUAUUUUUUCGUUCCCAAGGCUUUUCAAGUUGAAAUCGUGCAUUUGCUAGAGGGGCAAUAGCAAAUUUCUCCGCCUUUUACACCCGCAGAUAACAAGCCUGACACGGUAUAAAUAUACAUAAAGAACGUGUGUUCAAUUAGAGAUAUAGAGAUUUAGAACAACGACGAGGUUUCCAGAAUCUGGGAGAGAUAUUACGAAGAGAAACUUCGAUCCACAGGGAUUUAAAUCUGUAAAAGACUGGAGCUUUAUUAAAUUUCAUAUUAAUAUGUUGAA